AGAAUAUUUACGCGCCAUCAGAGCGCUAUUCGGAGGAGUUUCUGCGGAAAAACGCCCAUUUCGGCAGAGAGGUCGAUCACGAAGAAGUGAUCAGCAGGGAAAUGAUGUUGACGAACAAACAUUGUUCAUCAACGCCGGACCGGCGGCCGGGCCAUGUCGAAUCCUGUGACGCAAUUGACGUGAUCGUGAAGCCCGGUGACGUACUGUACAUUCCCAAACACUGGUGGCACUAUGUGGAAUCGCUCACCACCUCCGCCUCGCUCUCCUUCUUCCAGCACCGGAAUUUAUCUGGGUAUUUCAAUUUGGCAUAAAGUUGCCCCGAUUUAUUACUAUUUUUUUCGUACUCGGUCACUAAUCGUUUUUUUUCACGAUCACGUUCAGUGGACUGGUGCCAGUAUAAGCAUAGAAACACGGCUCCGAAUGCUGAGACGUAGAUACGAUUAUAGCCGUGGGUCCUUUGCUUGUAGUUUUUUCCAGCGCCAAACCGAGUCAAGUCAAUAUGACGAAUAAUAAAGUUUCUUUUUUCUUCGAUGCACGAGUCUAUAUCGUAUGGCGAAUCUCAAUACAACAAUACUAACUACGUAUGGAAAUAUGAAUAUCUCAACAAUCCACAUCGUGUAAAAUUUCGCGAGUCUAUAUCGUAUGGAGAAAAUCAAAAUUGUCAAUCUCAAUAGAAUCAGGGGGAGUUGCGGCAGAAUACUAGUAAAAUUCUAGUGGCAGCAUUCAAUUAAGUGAAAGAAGUGUGGCGGCAAACGUAACUGAUAGCAAGAAGGAAUAGGCGAGGAACAAAGUUUCGAAUUCGAUGUGCAAAAUAGAAGCCAGCAUUUCCAUGUGUAGAUUGCUUUUGAAGAUUUUCUUGUUCACAGAUGACUUCCGAGCAGAUGCAGAAGUCAUCUAAGACGAGAGCUGCAGCCGCAAUGUAGACUUAGCAUUUCUUUUUGAUUGAAGAAAUAAAACAGAUAAAUAUUAUCUAUCAAGCGACAAGAGUUCAUCUUCGUCAACGGGAGCAGUUACAGUUAGUCUCGCGGCUUGGUUAAAAGGGCCGCAGGGCUUACACCUGUUACCCAUCCCAUCGACGAUGGUCUCUUUUUUUUUCCGCAAAGGUGGAGCAUCGUCUUCAGCCGUGUUUUUUUGUAAAGUACACCCAACGCAACACUACCCUUUUUUAUUUGAAAUCGUACGAAGCUAAUAAAAGUAAGUAAAACUAAAAGUAAAAACACGAGAAGGUAGGCCUUGUCCUUGUGGUUACUGUGACAAAACCACCGCAGUUACGUUUUUCUCCGAAGGGAUCUCCUUGUCAACUUUCUGUAAAGAUAAAGAAAAGGCUAGAAGGAUGAAAGCUCUUUUUUUCUUAGCUCAUUUUGUAAAGACCACGCAUUACCCCGCGAGCGGAAAAUAGACCAAACAAAAAGAAUAGGCUUGGGAAAUGGUAAUGCAGCGAAAUAAAUGAUCCCUCACCCUCCGUUUUCCACAUUUUGUAUGAUGGCAGCAGAAUUAUAUGACGCAAGACUAAAAAAGUGAAAAGUUCUUUCCAAUCUGUAUGUGUGGACAAACGUAGCUACCGUUUACAACUGUUUGGAUUCACGUGGUUGACUUUUCCACGUCGCAAAGCUUAGCACAGUCGUCUUGAAGAACUAUGUCGUGAGCUUUUUUUCACUUCUUCAGAAUUACUGGAUACAAACGUAGCAUUGCGGCCAGUUUAUCUAAACAUAAACUGAAAUCCCGACGAAUGGAUAAAAAUACGCAGGGACUUAUAAAUAUAUAUGUCUAUCACUUAGGGCUCCUCAUUUCAUCUGUAUUUGCUCCGCUUCUUCUCGAGAGGAUAGAAGAACUAGGAACCACGUCGAACAGUGCUAGUACAGCAAAAGCACGACGACCGUGGUUCGAGCUAUAAUUCUUCAUUAUCAUUGCCUUGGAUUGAACUUGAAGUGUGCGUUUUUGCAGCAUCUUUUGUGGGACCACGAGUAGUUUGAUGCUACAAUUACAGCACAAGGCAGGAGGACGAGGAUUCGGAUCUAGAAGUUUUGACGAAUAAAUACUGCAGACAAAGAAUAUAGAAGGUCCUCGCAAAAAGGAAGUUGUCUACGAUUGUCUCCAGGAAAUGUCAAGCUGCAAAAGGGUCCCGGGCCCACUCCUGAGGGAGGAGAAAUUUUAUGAGGAAAUAUUGUAGAGCAUCACUAAAAAGACUAGCAAAUAAGAGAAAGCCAUGAAAUGCUGACAAUAAACUUUGUUGUAGAAAGGCAGCUUCUGCUUCAGUCCGGGAAUUUUUAGAAUAGCGCCCUUGUAUGUUGAAGACUAAGAAUCGGCUUUCAUCGACAUACUUUGUGGCCGUUGCGAUGAAAAAACGAACAAAAAGAACAACGGGUGAAAAUAAAAACUCAUCGAGGCGGUUGGAGCAAAGAACAGAAGAAAUUGACGACACGCGAGCAAUAUGAUCAGUAGCACAUUGCUAAAGGCUAGUACGACAUUGAACUUGAUAGUUUUUAUUUGAUUUUUCACUUGAGAUUUCUGUUUCUACAAGGACGCAAAUUUUCGAGAUUAGAUUUACUUCAUUCUGCGAAACAAAAAAGCCAAAUCCAGAGUAGAGCCGACGUUUUUCCGUGCGUUUUCUUUGCGGUGAAACUUUCUGCUCCGACUUGAUAGGAUAUUUCUCGCAUAGUGCACACGAAGUUUCAGCAACAUCUUAGGUACGACAGCGAUCUUGCUAUGGGGCGUCGUCAUUUAACACACAGCUGCAUUUAUUUGUUAUGUUUGGCGAUGCCUCCGCUGUAGUUUCGCGAAACGUCCACCUUACCUUUUUUUACUUCUCUAAACUGUUUUUUUUUUCGGCUUCGGGUAUUCAAUGAAUACGCAUCCUAGUAUUUAUGUCCACGCGGUUGAGCCGUAACAUGUUGUUUAUGCGAUCGUUCGACGAAAUCAUGGUGCUCAUGCUCUUCAAAACGACAUUCGUCUUUUUCGAACCACCUCAAACAAGCCGACCCUAGAGUUAUUUUCACAUAGAUCGGAUAGAGUGGUUUGUAUCGACAGCGAAACAGCCGCUACCCUACGCGAUCGUCAUCUUACUUCCCUGUUUUGAAAAGGCUCUUCCGAUUGAAUUGUCUUGUUUACAUCAUAAGUUACAAUUUAGACGACAUUUUCUGACCUGAUGGAAAUGAUCGUCGAAUAGCUUUUGCUAUGUGCGACCAAGCUGUACUGCGGUCCGGCUAUCGAAGACUUCAGUACUACUUACAUUAUUUCAAGCGGUUUAUUUUGGACGGAGAUUUAGAAGAGCAUCGUGAGCAAUUGUUGAUGGUAUAAUUCUUCUGUGACAUCAAAGCACGGAAUCAGAAUAAAACCAACACAAAAGGAAUAAACCUCCUGCCAUGUUCGUUGUUGGCCACUGAAAACACCAAUGAGGAACGUCCACGAACGCGAACACUGUAACCUGUAAAGCUUUCGUAUGGACGUGGACCACAAGAAUCAAGUGAACCCAUGGGGUUGCGCUAUAUAUUUUCUUUUUUUCAAAGUUUAACGCGACCGGCUUCGAAAAAAUGAAAAAAAGGUAUGAUGUGGCCCCCCCAGCUUCCGAUGAAAAGAAACCGUAAACUUGGCUCGAUUGGCUUUCCUCGCGUCGACAUCCUCAUUUUGCUUCGCUUGACGCCGCCGCUGCUGCAGAGGAUUUUACAAGAAUAGCCGAGCAGCCGACGUUGUGCUUUCAUUUUUCUUUGUCCUUCUGAAUGUCAGAUACAGACACCCGAAGCCACUACAAUAUGACCGACUAGAAUAUGACCCACAGCCACAAUAGUUGUAGUGGAGUGAUCAAGUUCUGUAACGUCCUCAUCUUGUGAAUCAUGGCGCGACCUCGAUUUUAUUUUUUCUUGUUCUUCUUCAAAAGACCAUCUGGAACUGCCAGCGAAAAUAAAAUGUCUUGUCGCAAAUUCUUCGACCUGAUACUGCAAAAGUAAUCACCAAAGUUGGGUUACCUAUCA